UAGCUAGUGAGCAUUAGCUGACUACAUGUAAUACAUGAAAAUUUCGAUGUAACUUAUAACUAAUAAUGAAAAUCGAUGACCAAUCCACUCUGACUGUACCAGAAGUAAAAACUUUUGCUGAUUGUUACCGAAACUGUCAUGAGUCAGAUCAAGUUCCAUGUGUUACUUUUUCAUUCUGCAACACUGAUGGUAAAAUUCAUUGUAGAGUAAGCAGUUUGCAGACUACUGACAUUGUUAAUGGGGAUCAGUCGAUUGAAACUGACCCCAAAUGUGAAAUUUAUUCUAUAAGUGUUCUCGACAAUUAUUCAAGAAAAUCCAACAGAAAAUUCAUAACUCAGCUUUCAACUGCAGUUGAAAAAGAUUAUGUCCAUUCUUGUGCAGAAUCUUGUCAUGCCUCAUCCGAAUGUAUAUCUUUUCAAUAUUGUGAUGGUUUUUGCAGUUUUGGUGAUUUAUUGUAUACAGAUGCAGCUACUGAAUAUGAUCAGGAAUGCAUGAUAUAUACUCGCAAAGUAUCUGAGAGAUAUCAAAGAACAGGCAGCAAAAUAGUAUCAGAUGUGAUGCUGACUGAAACCAAAUUAACGUUAAAAGUCCUGUGCUUCAUUGUGCUAUGA